CCUGCGCCUCAACCAGGUCCCACGCACGCAAACGUGUCCAAGGACAUUCUUACUUCAUCAACAGUAUGCCGGCCUCCAUCACAGAACGAAAGCAUUGAUACGGAUCCUCCACGAAAAGGCAGCGGAGAGAGGCCCGACAUGUCUGGCGAGCAGGGCCAAGGCCUGUUGACGGGCGAGUUCCAGGAGAAGCCGGCGGAUGGUAGACUGGCUUCGAUUCGAGGCAUCUCUUGGAAGGCCAUUCUCGGAUCCAUCGGACAUGCACUGAAACCAGAGAUCUUUGAGCGUCGAGGAUUGUCUGCUGCGCAGAAACGCAUCGGCACCACAGCAUGGCUCGAUGGGCUGCGUGGCAUCGCAGCUCUCUCAGUGUGCACGAUGCACUUGUGCGUUUUCACGCAUCCCAACCUGGAAUUAUGCUAUGGAGCUGGAAUCGAGUGGGAGAGAUAUAAUACCAGUAUUGCGGCGUGGCCUAUCUUUCGACUGCCCUUCACCGGAGGCCACUUUGCCGUGAUUUUGUUCUUUACCAUAUCUGGAUAUGUGGUCCCUCGACGAUUGUUGAGCUUAUUACAUGAAGGGAAACAAUCAGAAUUUGUGGAAGCGAUCAACGGGGCGAUUGUGCGAAGACCCGGGCGACUUUACCUGCCAGUGGCGUUUUCUACGCUGGCUUUGGCUUUCUUCUGGCAUAUUACUGGCCUGGCUACAGCUUUCCCACAACGACAGAGCAAUAUAUUUACAGAAUGCUGGGCUUGGUGGAAAGAUCAACUCAAGUUCUGGUACUACUACCGUACCGGCUUCCUCUUCACGUACUACAAUGCUCAUACUUGGACCAUUCCUGUGGAAUUCCGCGGCAGUAUGAACAUAUUUGUGUGGCUCUUUGCGGUUCAUCAGGUGCGCACGCGCUGGCGCAUAAUAUUGACAGUAGGCAUACUGGCGCACUUCAUCCAUGCUUCUGGAGCUUGGUACGCGGCCUUCUUUGCUGGUAUGCUUACCAGCGAGCUGGACUUGAUCUAUACGAAUGGUGUGCAAGUGAGCUUGCCUUGGGAUUUCAUCAUCAACUUCUUUAGGAAGCGACCCAUCGUGAAGCAAGUUACUUUACACGUCAUGCUCAUCAUAGGACUUUUACUUGCCAGCCAGCCGAGCUCAGACAUGCAUUCGAGGGAGGAGACGAUGGACUGCGGACCAUGGAGUCACUUGAACAAGAUGAUCCCAGGUCCCUACGAAGAUGGAAAUAACACGACGUACCGAUGGUUCUGGCUCUUUUGGGCUGCGUGGAUGAUCAUCGUCACGGUCGGUCAGAUCAGCUGGGUCAAGAGGCUUUUCGAGACCGGUCCAGCUCAAUAUCUUGGUCGCCACUCCUUCGCCCUCUAUCUCGUGCACGGUCCCAUCAUCGGUCUGUGGUCCGAUCGCCUCUUCUAUCUCGCAGGUGUAAAAUCGCCUACUAACGACGACGACAUUGUCCGCUUCGGACACCUGACCAACAAGUGGAAAGACGCCAGCUGGUGGUUCCUCCCAGAAGGAGGUCCUUAUGCCUUGGAGCCCAACUUCAUUUUUUGUGUGGUCUUGUCUCUCCCAGUGAUGCUCUACGUGGCGGAAUGUGGAACGAGAAUGUUUGAUAUUCCUGGCGUCAAGGUGUCACGAUGGAUGUGGACCAAGAUGAAGUCCUUGUAAGAGGAGCGACAGUGUGACGGCCGUAUGAGUGUUUCGGCACGUUGUAUUGGUAUAUAUGAGUACCUAGCUUGUACAGUCUCAGAAUGGGAAAAAGCAGUGUGAUUCC